GCUUUUUCCACGAAUCAUCAGCUGGCUGCAAAAAUCAAGUUAUCCUUUUCCUUAGCUCCUGUAGCUACAGUUAAACACGCCAGAAGUCCUCUAGCAAAACUCGCAUUACUUCAUGAUACAGCAAUCGAGCCAGGUCUAAGAUGUGGCUCUUCAUGGCUCUGGCAUGCUUGAUCCAGCAGACUACAUUUUCAGAAGAAUUCAUAUGCAGAAGACAUCUGAAUCCUCAAGGAUUUAUGACUAUUAGUGAAAUCAUCCAAUAUUGGGGAUACCCCAGUGAAGAGUAUGAAGUCCUGACAGCUGAUGGCUAUUACCUUCAAGUAGACAGAAUUCCUUAUGGGAGACACAGUCCAGUACCGACAGGGCCUAGGCCAGUUGUGUUUCUGGUACAUGGUAUACUUGUUGAAGGCAGGUGCUGGAUUUCAAAUCUUCCCAGCAAUAGCCUGGGAUUUGUUCUAGCAGAUGCUGGUUAUGAUAUCUGGAUACUAAAUAACAGAGGGACCACCUGGUCUAGAAGACACCAGAAUCUUACCAUUGACCAAGAAGAAUUUUGGGAUUUUAGUUUUCAUGAAAUGGCGAUAUAUGAUGUUCCAGCAGCAAUAAACUUUAUCUUGCAGAAAACUAAGCAAGAAGCUUUAUAUUAUAUUGGUCAUUCCCAGGGUGGCUCAAUAGGUCUUAUUGCUUUUUCAGUCAUGCCACAACUUGCACAAAAGGUCAAGCUCUUCCUUUGCUUUGCUCCCGCCUACAAACUGGUUCACCUAAAAGGGCCUUAUUAUAUCUUUCUGUCAUUUCCUGAAGUACUCACAAGAUUGAUAUGGGGGAACAAAGAAUACUGUAUUCUCAGUAACAAACUGAAAGCCAAGACUACCAAGGCAUGCAGUUACUCAGUAAUAGACCGGCUUUGUCUGAAAGUCAUUUUUGCAUUUGAAGGACGCACUGGGCAAAACCUAAAUGUGAGCCGAGCAGAUGUGUAUGCUGGAAUCUUUCCUGAUUUUACUUCUGUAAAAACAGUAAUCCAUUGGGGACAGGUUUUCAAAUCAAGUGAAUUCAAAUAUUUUGAUUAUGGCAAUAAGAACAAAGCUGUAUACAACAAGACCACUCCUCCAUUUUAUAACAUAGAAGACAUGAUUGUGCCAACAGCUGUGUGGAAUGGUGGAAAGGACAUUGUUGAGAGCAAAAAGGACAUUGAAUUGUUGCUUACUCGCAUCAAUCAUUUAGCUUUCCAUAAGUAUAUUCCUGAAUGGCAUCAUAUGGAUUACGUUGUGGGUCUUGAUGCUCCAGAGUGCCUGUACCCAGAUGUGCUUCAUCUGUUGCAGAAAUAUAAAUAA